UAGAAACAUCGUUGAACCAAAAACCGAAGGGAGCAACCCUAUCCCCCCCUCUCUCUACAUACACACAGACCGAGAUGAAAUCAAGAGAUACCUCUCUUGUCCUGCGUCGUCUCCGUCCAUUGGCGGGAUCGUUCAGAUAUUACCCAUACACGAGGACUUUCUCAGGGAAAGAGGAUAUAAAAGCUGAGGUUAUGCGGCUAGGAGUUGAAUUCUCCGUACAUGUGGCUCAAUCAAUGCUCUUGUUGUGUGAUGACAUUCCUACUCUGUCAUGGUUCUGCUAUAUGUUAUGGAAAGGUGUUAUAAGGGGCCAGAAUCACGUGUUGGAAAGGCUGCUUCGUGUUAUGCAUUUUGUCUACUCAAAAUAUAUCAAACCCAAGAGGACGGCGACGAGUCAGGAUUGUGGAAACUCUGUCCAAUGGGAAUUAAUCAGGAACACUUGGAAGCAUUUCGCUGAUGGAGUCAUAAUCUUAAAUCGCUUUGAUUGGUUUCUUAGAACAAACAUUACAUAUUUUGAUGAGCGCCAACUAUCAUCGGCUAUUGAUAAAUACAAGCAACAAGUGCUGGAGAAGCUAGAUGAUAAAUUGAGGUCCCUUUCAGAGGUGAAUGGGUUUGCCAAGGUGACGAUAGAGUCUAAUAUUUCUGCCUUGUGGAAAUCUCUGUUUGACGAUGGUGAAACAAUAUCCAGAGCGGUGGAGAGUAGGUUUCUUAGAGAUUUGUUUAUGCCUAUUUUUCGCAAACCAUUGCCUAGGGAUAUACUGGCAAUGCCAGUAGUAUCUUCUCCUUACAUUCUAGGGAAGAAUUUUGAAACGGAGGAACUGAAAGAGGAGUCCGUGCGAUUAGGAGUUGAGCUCUCCUUAUACGUGGCUCAAUCCAUGUUCUCCUUGUGUGAUGACAUUCGUACUAUGUUAUGGUUUUGUUAUAGGUUGUGGCGAGAUGCAAAAGCGGGCGCCAUUAAUGAAGGGCAUGUGAUGGAUAGGUUGCUUCUAGUUAUGCAUUAUGUCUACACAAAAUAUAUCAAACCGACGAAUGGGGUAUAUCAGAUUGAUGGCAACAAUUCGGCUCGGUGGGGAGUCAUGUGGGAGACUGACAAGAUUAUUGGUUAUCAAUUUCGUAUGUUGAAUUGUACUGUCUACUUACUCAAAGCGGGAGGAACAUGUGGCCGAGAGGCUACGUCGUCUCCUGUUGAAGAAGGGGUGAAAAAGCUUGUGGAGACGUUGGAGUGUGUGAGAAGUGUUUCAAAAGCUUAUGGGUUUGCGAGGGAUGCAAUGGAGACUGACAUUUUAGACAUGUGGAAGUCUCUCUUUGACACAGAAGCUAAGGAAGCAAGACACACACUGAGAGCCAUAAAGCAGGGAAUUAUCCAUGACUUGUUUCUCCCUCUGUUUAACGAAGCACCGUAGGGACUAGUUUCACUUGUUAAAUUUCUGAUAAUUUUAUUUUUUAUUAUUUUCAUUAAUAUUCUUCUGUUGUUUUGGAGAUUAACUAUUGAGACUGUGUCGCGAGUCCUGGCUAUAUACAGUUUAUUUUAUCUCA